AUGUCAUUCCUGAUAGAUACAGGAGCACAGCUUAGUGUUGUUCCACCAUCACCCAACUUCACUUCAGUCACCUUACGCGCCGCUAACGGCACGAACAUCAAGACUUUUGGCGAACAAUCGUUAACACUGGAUAUUGGACUUAGAAGAACAUACCAAUGGAUAUUCACCGUUGCAGACGUGAAAUUCCCCAUUUUAGGCGCCGACUUUUUGGCACAUUAUCAACUCAUCGUGGACCUCUCACGGCGUCAGUUAUCUGACUCCACCACGAAGCUAUCUAACCGCGGAAUUAUAUCACAGCUAACAUCUACGGAAUUACGCAUCGCUGUGCCGCGUGAUAAUUCAGUUCAAGAUAUUCUGGAUAAAUUUCCCUCGUUGAUACAGCCUUUUACCUAUACAGAGCCUGCCAAGCACAGCACUGUACACAGGAUUCGAACUACCGAACAGCCUGUCUAUUCUAAACUUCGCCGUCUUGCGCCGGACAAAUACAAGAUUGCCCGGGCCGAGUUCCAACACAUGCUCGACCUAGGAAUUAUUCGCCCCUCCUCGAAUCCAUAUGCCUCACCGCUUCACAUGGUCACUAAGGCCCAGCAGGGCGCCUGGAGGCCGUGUGGCGACUAUAGACGUCUUAAUUCACAAAAGGUACCCGAUAAGUACCCAGUUCCCAAUUUGACCGACUUUGCUGUUACCUUACAGGGAGCAUCUGUCUUCACCAAACUGGAUCUGCGCAAAGCCUUUCACCAGAUCCCAGUCGCUGACGAAGAUAUUCCCAAAACUGCGAUUACCACGCCGUUUGGUUUAUUCGAGUUUCUGCGUAUGCCUUUUGGACUGCGCAACGCAGCUCAAUCAUUCCAACGCCUUAUAGAUUAG